AAUAAUUUAGAUAAGCUGGUUGCGCACUUAUAUUGGAAUAAUAGUAAAUACGGUGUCAAGGUGUUGAAGAAAUAAAAAAGAAGAUAGGAUUUGCGAGGAGAGAAGGGAGGAAUAAGUGCUUAACUUCAGGUUUAUUUUCCUAGAAUUUUCUUAUCAAAUCAAAAAUCAAAUAGGGUAUUCCAGGCAUAUGCACUGGAGUUUUGGAGUCUAGUUUUCAUUUUUCAUUCUACACAAAUAUUUUGUAGUGUGUUGAUUGUGAUAGUGUAGUGGUAGUGCUUCGAAAUAAAAUGCAUCGGUUACUUCUAUUUUCGGUUCUGAUUUUGCUGACAUGUUGGUCAGUUAAUGCACAGAACAAAUAUACACCUAUUUACAAAAAUUUCACUUAUGGAUCAAAUAAUACAAUGAAUGCUAAUCAAUAUCUGGAAUAUAUUUUGGAAUUCUCGAAAGAUUAUGACGACCCAGAAAUUUACUUGCCUCCAAGAAUUUGGAUUCAAAGUGAUGCAGAUGUUACCGCCCCCUUGAUGAUUGUAGCAAGACAGAAAAAAGAAAUGAUUUCUUGGCAGCUGCCCCUAGAAAUAGAAGGCACAAAUGGCGAAACAAAUGAAAAUUAUACAUCUAGAACUAUGUGCCAUGAUAUUAUUAAACAAUAUAGAUUUGCAGGAAGUAAACAGAAAUUAAAACAAGAGAAUGUCAUUGUUUCUGUUACUACCUCAUCAGUAACCAAUGUAAGCUUCACUAUAAGGGUAGACAAUCAAAAGGAUUUUACUCUGGAAUUAAAUAAAGAAAUAGAGUUUGACAUUACUCCAAGCGGACCAAGAUACUUUUUCUACAAUUUCACUAGCAAUGAUACGUUGUUGAGCAAAGGAGACUCCAAUUAUGAAACCGUAAUUCUGGAAGUGACCUCAGAGGAUGACAUUUGCAUGACUGUCAGUAUACAAAACAUCAGUUGUCCAGUGUUUGAUACAAACCAAGAUGUUACUUUUAGAGGCUUUUACGAAACUGUUAAUAGAAAAGGAGGGAUGAAUAUACCGAAAUAUAAAUUCCCUCAUGGAUUUUAUGUCGUCUUUGUAGCUAAGCCUGAUGAUUAUGCCUGUGAUAAGGGUUCCGGAAAUUUAGACGCCGUUACAAAUCCAGAUCGACUGAAAAGCAUUAAGUUAGUAAUUAAGCCAAGUAUUACCUACUCUGAUUAUGUCAAAGCUGUGCUUUUUACUUUGGGAUCUGUAGGAGCAUUUUACAUAAUAUUCGGACUUCCGUACUUCAUAUACUCGGUGAAAAAAUCUCUGCCUAGGGAAAUGGCGUAUGUUGAUGGUAACUUCCCAACAACUCCCAGUGCAAGAAUUGUCAGGUUGAAGAUCUCGAAAAAAACAAAUGGCACAGAAAUGACCUCCGUACAGCGCACCGUUUCGGCCGUUAGUGGCCCUUCAGUGGACAUGGCCGACUUCGAUACCUUGGCCGAGGUGGACACCGAUAGGGACCUGAGGUUGGGUAGGGGAGAGCCUUAUUUGGUGGAUUUGGCGAGGAAGCAUCCCAAAGAGUUGACGAGGAAAUCGUAUUUGUAUCUGUACAAUGUUGUCACCGUUGCCAUUUUCUACGCUUUACCAGUGAUACAGUUGGUCAUCACUUAUCAAAGGGUUUUGAAUGAGACGGGCCAACAAGACUUGUGUUAUUACAAUUUCUUAUGUGCACAUCCAUUAGGUGUACUGGGAGAUUUCAACCACGUGUUUUCGAACAUAGGAUAUGUCCUAUUGGGAGUUCUAUUCCUAAUAAUUACCUACUUAAGAGAACUUUCGCACAAAGACGAUGAUUUCGACCGGCAAUUUGGCAUUCCCCAACAUUAUGGAUUGUUUUACGCCAUGGGUGUGGCCUUGAUCAUGGAGGGUGUUUUGAGCGCAAGUUACCAUGUCUGUCCCAACUUCUUGAACUUCCAAUUUGAUUCGAGCUUUAUGUACGUCAUGGCAGUGCUUGUUAUGGUAAAGUUGUACCAAAAUCGACAUCCAGAUAUAAACGCCAACGCUUACACUACAUUUGGAGUACUAGCAGUUGCUGUCGUCUUAGCUAUGAUUGGACUACUCGAAGGAAAUGUCUAUUUUUGGACAAUAUUCGUGAUUAUGCACAUCCUGAUGUGCUUCUACUUAAGCGUUAAGGUCUACUACAUGGGAUGCUGGAGUGUGCGAGAUAUAUCGAUGCAGAAGUUCCGUCAAGUUUGGAUCUACGAUUUUUGGUCUGGACCAGUAAAUGUCAUAAAACCGUGCCAUAAAGCUAGAUUCGUGCUUCUCUUCUUGGGCAACUUGUGCAAUUGGGGCUUGGCUAUCUUCGCCAUCUAUAAACUUCCUAAGAACUUUCCAGUCUUCCUUUUGGCUAUAUUUAUGGCCAAUACUCUCCUCUAUUUCGUCUUCUAUAUCGUCAUGAAGUACAUUAACAAAGAACAUGUAAGAAUUUUAACGUGGAUCUUCCUUUUUAUGUCAACGUUGUGUGCAGUAUCUGCCAUGUGGUUCUUCUUACAUAAAGCAAUAUCUUGGAAGAAAACGGCGGCACAAUCGAGACAAUUCAACGUAGAAUGCAAGCUGUUCCAUUUCUACGACUCCCAUGACAUUUGGCACUUUCUAAGUGCUACAGGGAUGUUUUUCACGUUCAUGGUGUUACUAACACUCGAUGACGACUUAUCGCAUACGCACCAUUCGCAAAUUCCAGUAUUUUAGAGCAUCUACGGAUGAAAAACUAGUCUGAAAGUAUUUUUAUUGAUAUGAGUAUAUGAACAUAUAAAGGUUGCCUUAAAGGUUACAUCGAAGUCGUGCAGGAAGUUAAACUGUUUUUGUACCCUCUACUACUAUAUUUUACAGCUCCCGGAACGAACCAUGGCCGGUGACAAACGCUGUCGUCGGUCGUACACCCACUUAAUCUUUACGCAGACAGGGUUUCUAUGACCAGCCAUGGUUCGCUCCGGGAGCCGUAGUCUUCUUUCGGUCUUGUGUCGUUUCAGGCAUUGGCAGAUUCCGUAAUAUCAAACUACAACACUCUUCAGCUACAGCUAUAAUAAAUUUUAUUGUUAAUUGUGCUAUCUUUACUGGUUAUAUUGGUCAGAUGUUGGUGUCUUAGUUAUUUUUCGUCGGCGUAUCGUAUAAGAUGAAACAUAUUCCAUUCUAGAACGACCAGUUAAUAACCAUGGUGUAAACUUACCACUAAAAAUUCCAAUAUCAACAUCUCGCCAUGAUUUUGGGAGAUAAUUUUUUUAUACUUUUUAUUUAGUAGAUAUACAAUUGCAUUAUUAUACAAAAAUAACCAAUUUUUAUACAGUUAUUAAUGAAUAAAAAGUAGGAUAUUCGCCCAAAUCCGGUUCAGAUAGGUGUACAGUACGUCCAGGAUAGCAGUAGACGUGAGCUAUUUAUAAGUUCAGUUAAUAUGAAUUCUUUGUACUGAAAAAAUAAUCAAGCUGUUUUGAUCAAACUAUAAUUUCCGUAUACUUUGAGUAAUCCUAAAAUAUGUCUUAAAAUGUUUUAAGUAAAUAUUAUUCAAAUAUUUUAGUAAAAAAUAUAAAUCUUUUAAGAACAUAGUAGGGCAAAUUGUCUCGACCCGUCUCACAGUGGUUCCAAAUGCCGAAAACGUUGUCAUGAACCUUUAAGCGUAUAUUGUUCAUCCACUUCGGAAUUACUUUCGUACUUAAUGGUUUUUGGCAUCGCUGAUUACGAAUCUGACAUUAUUUUUUUUUUAACAAAAUGGCGGGUCCCACAUGGCGGAUAUAAAUUGAAAAUAUCAAUCAAAACGCAAAGCUUCUUAUCAAAUUUGGUAGUUUAAGGUCGCUGAUUACAAAUCUGACAUUAUUUUUUUGAAAAAUAGAAUAACGGAUCCAAUAUGGCUGAAAGAAAUUCAAAAAUUCCAUUUUAAACGCAUAUUUUUUUGAAAUUCUUUUAUUAUAAGGGACUUUUGAAAUUGCUGAUUACUAAUACAUUUUCUUUUUGAAGUACAAUAUUCAUAACCUAUUACUUAUGUACAGCUGCCCAUAGAUACUCAAUGCGUCAUUUCACACUUUUGUAUUCAAACAACUCCCAGCAAUGCAAAGACAGUUAAAGGCAGCUAAACCAAUGUGAUUCUGUAUUUCCCUACUGUACAUUUUGAGAUUAAUAAACAAUCCCAGAAUUAUGUGCUUUUUGAAUGUAUUAUUACGAAAUUUUGAUAAUUUCAUGUAUAUUUUUACUAUUUAUUCAUUAACAAAUUUUAUGGAUUUAUUGUUAUCAAAUAUUUAGUCAACUUUUAUCUUAGGCUUUGAAAACUUUGAAAAGAAAAUCUGCUUUACAGCGAUAAAACUGAUAAACUACAAAACGUUUUACAGCGUUUUCAAUAUACGCGUUCUUUUUCACUGCCGACCAAAAUAACGUAGUACAUGGGUCACUUGUCCCUGAGCUAUGAAUAAGAAUAGAUCCGGUCUAAUCCGUAUAUCUGCGUAUCAUACGACACGAGCAGUAAACAUGAAAAUCGCUAAAUUUUAUUUUAUUUUAUAUUAUAACUUUUUAUUUUACAUUAUAACCACGUUUUCAGCAUUUGGAACAACUGUGCGUCUGUACUAUUAGCCAUGAAAAUGUGAAUGUAAUCGGUAAUAAAAUUAUUGUGAUUUGCACAUUUCGUCGUCUUAUGUCAUGUUUUUCCAUUAAAAGUUUUCGAUUAUUUUCUAUUUUCGUUUUCCAACAGAAUCUGAUAUUCCUAAUUUUCAAACACGUAUUUUCUUUGCCUAGACCGGUUUUGAUAUAUGGAGCUGAAACGUGGACCCCAUCUCAAAGUGAUGAGAGACUUCUUGGUAUUUUUGAGAGAAAAAUUCUUAGAAAGAUUUUUGGGGCAGUAAAUGAAAAUGGGCUAUGGCGUCGAAGAUACAACUUUGAACUGUAUCAGUUAUACACCGAUCCAGAUAUUGUGAAAUUCGUUAAAGUGCAGAGACUUAGAUGGGCUGGACACAUUGCUAGGAUGUCAGACUACGAAUACACUAAGAGAUUAACAUUUUCAAAACCAGAGGGCACAAGAAGUAGAGGACGACCAUGAAGAAGAUGGAUUGAUGAUGUUGAAGAAGACCUAAAAAUUCUAGGGGUCAGAAGAUGGAGGGAAGUUGCCAGAAAUCGACAGGAAUGGCGACUUCUUUGUGAGCAGGCCAAGAUCCACAACGGAUUGUCGAGCCACUUAUGAUGAUGAUGAUUUUCUUUGCCUUCUUUAAAUUAUAAUUAAAUUCUUCGACAACUCUUAUUUUUCAGUUAUAUGAAAAUUAAUAAUCUGUCGACGUAAUAGACCUUGUUCAACUGUUUAUAAUUUUAUUGUUGAAUAUUGUUUCCGUCUAUUAGUAGUGACAAAUCCGGAUAUAUUUUCUGCUUCAAUUUCGCGGCUCUCUUUUUCAAUAUUUUUGACGCUACACAUAGAAACUCCUGAAAAUGCAACCAAAAAAGCUUAGAUUAUUUACUAUUAUUUUUAUUAGAAUAUUUAUCAAAUUAUCUGUCAUACUAUCCACACGCUCUUGCAAUUUUGUAGUCACUAUUUGCAGCUGCUUCUCAUUAAGAGAAUUUUAACACUCAGUGUAUUAUUUCACUAGCUUGAGCAUUCAAAAUUGUUCGCUUGAAUUUAUACUGUUGAUCCAUUUUUAAAUUAAAUGAAUAAUUACAACAUUCAAAACUACUAUUAUUAAAAAUUUAUAUUUUACAUAAAAUUUGCGAACGUCGCUAGCUUCUACAAACUAUCCAUGGAAACAGCUAAGCUGUUCUCGAUCAAAUGUGUCGUAAUUUGAAAUCUACUAGUGCGCACAGUAUGUUCACGUCUAUUCGUAUUCUGGUUCGACUGUACGUGUCUUUCGAGCGCUUUGGCAACUUUCGUAUUAGAGUAUUAACCCUAGCGACUGGUGACUCAUUAGAAGUUGCGCGAACUUCUGUAGACAGAUACGUCUUAGGCCGUAGGAAUAACUUUAUUUUUUAGUGUUGUCUUCCAAAUUCUACCAAAAAAAAAUAAUAAUUCGUUUAUAAACUAUGUAUUAACAAAAAUUGAAGAAACAAUAUUUUCUCACGAAUUAUAUUAUAGCAGAGACAUUAUAAUGGUAUAGUUUGUUUUAAUACGCAGUUACUAUAAUAAAAAUCCAUUUUUAACAAAUAAUUUGUGUAAUAUCAUUUUUGUAUCGGCGAUAAAUACUGUGAACAAAAAUCAAGUAGGUAUAUCGAACUAAAAUGGACACCACGGAGAGUUUUGGUUCAGAAAAUGAUUAGAUUGUCGUUUAUUUUUUGGCGCUGAUAUUACAAUUCUUCCCAAUAUAAUUUGCAAGAGCACAAUGUUUUCUUCCAGCAUUUUGCAGUUGAUUUUAUUAUACUAUUAACUAUAAAUUAUAAUAUAAUUAGUGCUUAAAUCAAUUAGACUGAAUUUAAAUAUUAAAUAAUGUAAAAUAUACACAGUUUGAGUUACUGUAUUGAUAUAGUGAGUGUUAUUCACUUAUCUUUAAUCAAAGGAUGGAUCGAUUUUUGGAUUGAAAAUAAUAUUUUACUGUGUAGUUAAUCGAUGGAAUUGAAAACGGCUCACGUAUUCUUUUUCUCAUGAACAUCUUUCAGUGCGUCACAGUUUUUCGAUUUCUCUCUAACGCAUUAAAUUGUAUGUGACAGAAAAAGGCACGUCCGUGAUUACAGACAUUUAUAACAUUUAUUCUAGGUGUCGAUAGAUGGCGCUAUAAUCGAACAAAAAAAUUUACGAAUUAUACAAUAUAUCUACGAAUAUAAUCUGUACGAUUUAUAAGACUAUACAAAUCAAAGAAAAUACCAUUUUAUAAAUGCAAUAAACACAAUCGAUUUAUUUUUAUGCCAAAUUGCAAAUAAAAUGUGACAACUGUUAGAUUUAACUAUUGUUUGUUUUUUAACACAUUUGUCACGCACUGAAAAAUGCUCAUAAAAAGGACUCUACUAUCAAUGUAAGAUUGUUAAAGCAGUUAUGAAUUUCGCAAAGCUUGUACGUAUAUUUUUUCAACGCGCUUUCCCUUAUACUGUGCCUUAAUUCAUAACUUUACCGCAUUUUGUAAUGUCUGACAGCACAAUAUAAUAUAGGUACAUUUAAAACAAUAAUUAUCUCUUACACAGUACUUGUAAUGAUUUUGCAAGUACAUAUUGAAAUUAUAAUGCCCAAGCAGAUAGAUGUCUGGAUUUUCUGACGUACCUACAUGUUUAAGCCCAAACUACAUCAUUAGAAUACAAGUUUAUGUUAUAUAUCAUAAAUGUUGUAAAAAUGGUAGGUAUUAAGGUUUACUUCAGUCUAUAGGUAUCAUUAUGUUCAUGUUCGCUAAAGAUACAUGAGUCAUUUUCGUCAGGAUAUUUCCCGCAUCAUAAUGUUUUGUCUGCAGAUUUUUGAUGGCUCAGGUAGCUAAAACGGAGAGCCAUGGAAGUGGGACUACUUUUACGCAUCAUCUGAUUGAGGACCUUAUGUGCUUUAUACACGAGGGGACUGAAGUCAAAGCUGAAGUUCAGAACAUAGUGAGUCUACUUGCCAUGUAUAUCCAACAAGUUUUUACAAGAUACUUUUCUUAUAAUUUCUUCUUGAAUUCACUUUAUCCUGAGAUAUACACUGGUCUCACUACGCUUGGGAUGUGUUUUUUUGGCAAUUGACUUGACUAGUCAGGUGAAUCUACUGUAGUUAUUGAGCACUGGAGGAAUGAAUCUAAUACUUCUCUCAAAAAUACCAACUGGAAAGAAGAAGACUGCUGGAAUUUGCAAGCCUGCUUCCAAUGUCAUGGCGAUGUUGGCUUUAUGGGUAAAAUAUGUGGAUUAAUUAUUACCCUGAUCAUUUGAGGAGCCAAAACAGAAGGUUCAGACUGACUAUUUCCAGUCAUUUAAUCAAAGCGUUAUUAUUUGCCAGCGACCUUUGCCAAUUGGAAGUUUUAGUCAAGUAGAUAAGUCUUCUACAAGAGCUGGUUUACUAUUGUAACGUGCUGUCAAACAUUAGAAAAUGUAUCAGAAUAGCUAUUUUUACUGAGUAAUUCACGAUUGUAUAUUUGUUGCAAUAUGAAAUAUUCUUUAAUUAUUCAUAUAAUAAUGAUUAAAUAUAUGUAUAUAUUUUAACCAGUUUAAGUUGACACUGUUCAAUUACGUUGCAAAUGCCUCGGUGAGAAUGCGCCGUAUGACAUAGCAAGUAUAGGGUUUUCCAAAAAUCACGCAAAAAGAAAUUUAAGCAUGUAAUUUUGGUAAAAAAAAAUAAAGAAACAUCGAGAGAAGUUUUGUGGUAGUUGUUUGUUAACCCACUUCUCCUUUUGCACCUUUCUCUUUGCCAUUAUUGUACCCAUUAAGCCAUGUGUCCAAGUUACGUAUGUUUUAUAUUUAUAAGACUAUUAAUUAGUAAGAUUUAUGGUGUUUUAUUGUGAUAUUGUUGUUUUUCCAUAGUAUUUGCUCAAUUUUGUUGCAGAUGUUACAGAAACUAGUACACACGUAGCGUAACAUAGUAAACGUCAUGUAGUACAGUCAAUAAUCAUAGAGGUAUAUAUUAACAUAGAGUGAGCCUACCCUCCGCGCUUCCUGACGACAAGAUCUCAUGGACAGGUUUGCGGUAUCUCUUUCUAGCACAUUGUAUCGAGAAACUAAGAUACAGUGUGAGUAUAGGCACGGAAGGGGAGGACUACUGUCGCAGCUUUACUAUGCGUAAGAGUGAAACAGCACUAAUCUAAAUAAAAAAGAUGGUGUCGUCACUUCGCUCUGAAUGACACUCUGUCUAUGAUAAUAUAUAAGUCUAUGUUAAUAAUGAGUAUUUUUUAGAGGUUGGGAACUUUAAAUAUAAAUUGACAGAUGUUAAAGUGGCUGUCACUUGUCCGCGAAAACAGGGUUACUAACCUUAAAGAUCUACACCUCUAAAAUAAAACUAUUUUUAUAACUCUCUCGAUUUUUAUUUGGAUCUUCAUUAUGAGACUAGAUUUUCCUCGUUAGUACCAAAGACUAUAGACUUAUAGACUAUAAUACGUACAACUCUUGACAUUUCCCAUUAAUUUUGUGGUAGCAGACAAAAUAGCGCCAUCUAGUGCUAUGAGUUGAUAACCACAAACUAUGCAUUUAAAAGAAAAUUAUUUUUAAACGAUUAAAUCAAAAUACAAAUUUAGUUGUAAGUUAUUUUCUUUCAUUUUAUAUUGUUACUUUUUAAUUUACAUAAUUUUUCCUUCUUACUAUCGUUAAUUUUAUUUACGUGUGCUUUUAUUAAAACACUAGAAUCCAUCUAGAAUCUAUAAAAGUUUUGUGAUAAUAAUUGGUACAUACAUUUUGGAGAGUUUCUUGUAAGUAACAUUUAAUUUAUAUAUACAUUUUCAACACUCUCUUGUAUAUAAUUUUAAAUAUAUCAUUAAUUUUAUCUGAAGUUACACAUAAAUUUCACACUAUCAGGUGUAUUAUUAUUAAAACCCUUAGUCCUAAUAAUAAAAAAUAAAUUUUCUAUACAGUCUUGGGUUAGCCUUCUUGUAAAAAGACAUUGCAGCUAAACACACUCUACACUCAAAAGACAUUUUGAGUAAAAAUACAAACACAAUUUUCCAAGAUUAGCUAGUUAUCCAAAAAUUGAAAAAAAUAAAUUUGUAUAUUUACAUUGAGAAAACGUAGUUAUCAACUCCAGCCGGCAGAGGCGCUAGUAGCAAGGUGCUGUCAGUUUUCUGUCGGAGUUGGAUGUAAUAUAGUCUAUAGUAUUUGUUAGUACCAACAAAUAUUGAAUCUUUGAGGAUUUUUUUAGUUUGUUUUUCUUUAUUCUUGGUUCUGAUACUUAGAUAUACUGAAUACUUGAAUAAUUUGAACUACGUUACAUUACUUAAUAAAAAUUUUAAUGCCCGGUACUUUAUGUCUCGAUUAAAACCGGGGUUUAAUCGGGACCUCUUUAGGGUUUCUUGCGUUGUAAUAAAUGCAAUUACAAGUGUCAUUAUAAUUAUAAAUAAGUAUAAUAAUAAUUAUAAUUGCAUUUAUUACAAUGCAAGAGACCCUAAAGAUGUCCUGAUUAAACCCCGGUUAACUAACCGGCUGUUAAUCGAGACAUAAAGUACCGGGCCUAAUUGUGACAUUUAAUUAAGAGAAUAUGAACUUUAAUUGUGAAUUUGUUUAUUUUUGAAAGCGGUGUAUGUUUUAAUUUGACAGCGGUAUACAUAUAUGUUAAUAUUGAUGGGAAUAAGAAGUUAUUAUUUACUUAUGUGUAUAGGUUAUUUGAUAAUUUAGGAAUAUUUUGUCGAUUUUGUGCUGGUUUCUAAUUAGCUCAAAUAUAUGUUUUUUGUUAUAUUAGUAACUUAAGUUUGAUUCUAGAAUUGUGUGAUUUUAUAAAAAAUAUACGAGUUGACAAUUA